CGGAAGAGUUGUUUCCCAGUUUCUUUAUAAAUGUUAGAAUAAUAAAGAGAAGAAAAUGAGCUGGGCUUUGGAAGAAUGGAAGGAGGGCCUGCCCACGAGAGCUCUUCAGAAAAUUCAAGAGCUGGAAGGGCAGCUGGACAAACUGAAGAAAGAGAAGCAGCAGAGGCAGUUUCAGCUUGAAACUCUGGAGGCUGCUCUGCAGAAGCAGAAGCAGAAGGUUGAAAAUGAAAAGUCUGAGGGCACAAAUCUGAAAAGGGAGAAUCAAAGAUUGAUGGAAAUAUGUGAAAACCUGGAGAAAGCAAAGCAGAAGAUUUCCCACGAACUUCAAGUCAAGGACUCACAAGUAAAUUUCCAGGAAGGACAACUGAAUUCAAGCAAAAAACAAGUGGAAAAACUAGAGCAGGAGCUUAAAAGGUGUAAAUCUGAGCUUGAGAGAAGCCAACAGGCAGCACAGUCUGCAGAGGUCUCCUUGAACGCAUACAGUACACCACAGAAAAUUUUUGCGACUCCACUCACACCAAGUCAAUAUUACAGUGGUUCCAAGUAUGAGGAUCUAAAAGAAAAAUACAAUAAAGAAGUUGAAGAACGAAAAAGAUUAGAGGCAGAGGUUAAAGUCUUGCAAGCUAAGAAUGCCAGCCAAGCUGUUCCCCAAGCCACGAUGAAUCACCGAGACAUUGCUCGACACCACUCUUCGUCAUCUGUGUUCUCCUGGCAGCAGGAGUGGACCCCAAGUCGACUUGCAUCCAAUGCUCAGAACACUCCAGUUAGAAGAGACUUCAUGUUUGGGGAACAAGAGGUCACUCCAAGUGGAACAACUUUGCAAAGAGGGAAGAGAGAUGCGAACAGCAGUUUUUGUGAUAAUUCUAGCAGUUCCCAUCUUUUGGAUCAAUUAAAAGCCCAGAAUCAAGAGCUGAGAGGCAAGAUUAAUGAGUUGGAACAACGGCUGCAACAACAAGAAAAAGAAAUAAAAGGCCAAGUGAAUAAAUUUCAAGAGCUACACCUUCAAAUGGAGAAAACAAAAGUGGAAUUAAUGGAAAAAGAGAAGACUUUGAACAAAAACAGGGAUGAACUGUUGAGAACAACAGCGCAGUAUGACCAGGCAGAGGCCAAGUGUACUGCAUUGGAACAAAAACUGAAAAAACUGACUGAGGAUUUGAGUUGUCAGCGACAAAAUGCAGAAACUGCCAAGUGUUCUUUGGAACAGAAAAUUAAGGACAAAGAAAAGGAGUUCCAUGAGGAGCUCUGUCGUCAACAACGAUCGUUCCAAACGCUGGACCAAGAGUACACUCAGAUGAAAGCGAAGCUUACCCAGGAGCUGCAGCAAACCAAGAAGACAUACAACCUCCUGCAGGCAGAACUGGAGAAAGGCACAUCAGUAAAGCGGGAGCUGGAAAAGCAGCUGGGUGAGUUGCAGCAGAAGGUCCAGAGAACUGAGCAGGCGCUGCAGGCGAGUCAGAGUCAGGAGGGCGAGCUGAGGAGAAGCAGCGAGGACUUGAAGAAGGAAAAUGGGCUGCUGAAGAGCCAGUCUGAGCUGCAGACGCGAGAAGCCUGCCACCUUGAGGAGGAGCUCAGGAAGGUCAAGCAGUGUUUAAACCAGAGCCAGAAUUUGGUUGAAGAGAUCAAAGCCAAAAAUGCCUCUCAGGAAACCACGAUAAGAAAUCUUCAGGAAAAAAUAAACCAGCAAGAAAACUGUUUGACUUUGGAUAAACUGAAGCUUACCUUGGCUGACCUGGAAAAGCAGCGAGACUGUUCUCAAGAUCUCUUGCGGAAACGAGAGCAUCACAUUGAACGACUGAACGAUAAGUUAGCCAAGAUCGAGGAGGAGUCUCACGCUUUACUGAGUGCUUUGGAGUUAAAAAAGAAAGAAAAUGAGGAAUUGAAGCAGGAGAAAACUGUUUUCUCUAGUUGGAAAAGUGAACAUGAGAAACUUGUCAGUCAGAUGGAAUCAGAAAGGGAAAGCUUGCAGAGUAAACUCAAUCAAUUAGAAAGCUGCCUCAAGACACAGCAAAUAAAAAGUCACGAGUCCAAUGAGAGAGUCAGAACAUUGGAGAUGGAGAGAGAAAACCUGAACGUUGAGAUCAGAAACCUUCACAAUGUGAUAGACAGCAAGUCUAUGGAGAUAGAGACUCAGAAGCAAGCUUAUGUAGAACUACAGCAGAAAGCCGAGUUUUCAGAUCAGAAGCAUAAGAAAGAAAUAGAAAAUAUGUGCUUGAAGACUUCUCAGCUUACUGGACAAGUUGAAGCUCUGGAACACAAACUUCAGUUAUUUUCAAGUGAGAUGAAGGCUGAUGACCAGUGCUACCAGCGCAUGUGUGAUGAGUGUGAGAGCCUUCAGGAUCCUUCGUUGGCAACAAGUGAGGAUCGUCGGAUAAGUCUUCUGGCAUGGGAACAACAGCCUGCAGUGACUAAGUCCUUUGAAAAGGUAUUGGGAGAACCAGGAACUGUGCCUUCUGAAAGAGAUGAGUGCCAUUUAGAAGCAGACCAAAGUCCUAAAAAUUCAUCCUUCUUACAAAAUAAAGUCAUUUCACUUGAAUUUUCAUUAGAGUCUCAAAAGCGGAUGAACUCAGAUCUGCAGAAGCGUUUUGAGGAGUUGGGGCACAUCAAGGGAGAGAUAGAAGAAAACCUCAGUAAAGCAGAGCAGAUGCAUCAGAGCCUUGUGGCUGAAACAAGUCAGCGCAUUAGCAGAUUGCAGGAAGACACUUCCGCUCAUCAGAAUGCUGUUGCAGAAACUUUGGUUGCUCUCGCAAACAAGGAAAAAGAGCUGCGACUUUUGAAUGACAAAUUAGAAACCGAGGAAGCAGAGAUGGAAGAGUUGAAGAAGAGUAAUCGUUUACUUGAAGACUCUCUAAAGGAGCUGCAGCUCUUAUCUGAAUCCCUCACCUCAGAGAAAAAGGAAAUGAAUUCUGUCAUUUCUCUAAAUAAAAAAGAAAUAGAAGUGCUGACCCAGGAGAAUCAGACCCUCAAGGAAAUUAAUGUAACCUUGAGUGAAGAGAAGAUAAUCUUGCUCCAAAAAAGUGAGAAUUUGUCAAACUGUAUAGAGGAAAGAGAGAAAACUCUGUCAGAGUUAGCUGCUCAGUACCAGCAUGAAAGACUUACUUUAUUACAAAGAUGUGAAGAAACUGGAAAUGCCUUUGAAGAUCUCAGUGUAAAAUACAAAGCGGCACAAGAAAAGAACUCGAAAUUAGAAUCCUUGCUAAAUGAAUGCACCAUUGUCUGCGACAGCAGAAAACAUGAGUUGGAACAGCUGAAGGACACGUUUACAAAGGAACACCAAGAAAUCUUGACACAAUUGGCUUCUGCUGAAGAACAAAACCAGAAACUGAUACUGGAAUUGGAGAUGGUGGAGCGGCAGCUGAGAUCUGAGAUGACAGAUCUCCAAAACCGUUCCAAGAACGAGGCUGAUGGAUUGAAGCAAGAAAUUAUGAGCUUAAGGGACAGACAGAGUCAGAUGCAAAAGGAAGUUAAUGACUUACUGCAGGAGAAUGAGCGACUGAGUAAGUUCAAACCUCUGCAUGAGCAUCAAAAUUUGGAAUUGGUCCCAGUUAGGGAUUCUAUGAAAGAGAGAGAGAAUGAAGUAGGUAGCUGUGGUUUCCAACUUCCAAUGGAUCUGGAACUUAAAGACAUUCCCCGAAACAGUGUGGACAGUUAUUACACACAAAUGAUUCAGUUAGAAGCUAUUAUAAGAAAUCCAGAUUUUAAGCUUCAACAAAGUGAAAAGGAACAACAGUGCUUGAAGCACGAAUUACAGAUAGUUAGAGGACCAGUAGAAACUGCAAAUGUGCAGUACUGUCAGUCACGAGAAAUUAGUGACCUUCAAGACUGUGAAGUAGAUGCAGAAGGAAAGUGUAUUUCAGUGCCCCAUCAGUUGUCAACAAGUCAGAGUGACAAUCUACACCUGCAGUGCUCUCUGCAGACAGCAAUGGACAAGCCAGGGAAUCCGGAAAAGAUGAAUGACAUGCUGGUUGAGAAACAUGAACUGAAUGAUUCAAGAUCAGAAUGUGUCACAGCAACUACUAAAAUGGCAGAAAAGGAAGAGAAACCAGUAAAUGAAGAUAACAUAUUAAAUGAUGUAAAUGGUUUUCUUCAAGAUAAAUUAGUGCAAAAAAGGCCAGAAGGUAAGUUUAGUGAUCAACAAAAUGAGCAGAAUUAUACGUGCUUGAAUCCUUUGGAUAAUUCCUAUGAGAGCAUGACAUCAUCCAGCAAAGAAAUCCCAAUACACUUUGCUGAAUUACAGGACAUAGUCUCAUCUCCAGAAAGGGAACACAGAAUUUCACGUGGUCACAACUGUCAGAUGAGCUCUGAGAUGUCAGAGCUCCAGUCCCGCGUUGACUGCUCAAAGACAGAAAGUUCGGUGUUGCCAGUGAACCUGAGAAACUUUCAAGGUGACUUGACAGAAGAGAUGAAGCUGGGACCUAAGGAGAGGUCGUUCUUUGGCCAUAGCCCCAGGCUUAGCAAUUUUGGAGAAUUGUCUUUUUGCGAAGAACAGACAGGACAGUCAUUUCAUCUGAAUAACUUAGAUGGGAGUGUUUCAGCAAACCUGUCUAAUGUAGAUGAGUUAUCUUGCUGCAGUGUGCAGGAGAACCUGACCAUGGGAGAAGCCCCUCUUGCCCCAGUGAGGACUGUGGAAGAGCUUGAAACUCUUUGUCACUUGCACUUGCAGUCCCUCAAGAAUCUUGAAGGGAAAAUCAAAAGUCAAGGGGUUAUGGAAAAUAAGGAUAUUCAAGAGCUUGAACAGUUACUGAGGGCUGAAAAGAAUGGACUUGCCUGCCUUAGGAAGCAGUGUCUGUCAGAAAAUGAGCAGUGGCAACAGAAGCUGACCACUGUGACUUUGGAGAUGGAGGCCAAACUGGUGGCAGAAAGGAAGCAAACGGAACACUUGUCCCUUGAACUUGAAGUUGCACGGCUUGAGCUACAAAGACUGGACUUGAGUUCUCGGUCUUUGCUUGGUACCGACCUAGAAGAAGCUCUUCAAGGCCAAAACAAUAGCUGUGACAUAAAAGAAUCAGAAAAGAAUAAUCCCGAAACUAUAGAAAUAAUAUCUAAGCAAAACACUCCUACUUGUGAUCAAGAUCGUCAGCAGGACCCAAGCCUAGAGACUGAGAAAUUCCCUGGGACUGGUGUGGUCAGGCGUACACAAGAGUGGACUGGGGAGCAGUCCUCAGGAGUCAGUUACGAGACUCCAGGGGAAGACAAUGCCCAGGACAGCUUAGGAUGCGUUCCUGAAUCCUCACUUUCUGUUCAUGAUGCUCUGGUACCUAUGGAUUUCCUAGAGAAUCAAGUAACCAUUGAGACCCUCCAAUUGCAGAUUAAGGAGAUUUCAAAUGAGAAUGUGAGAUUGCUUCAUACCAUAGAGGACCAAGACAAAAAUGCUGAAAGUUUGGUGAAUGAAAUAAAAGAUUUAAAUUCAAAGCUCAAUUUGCAGGAAAUACAACUGACAACCAAUAUUGAAACAUGUACACAAUUGGAAAAAGUCGUUGAGGAACUAAAGAAAGAAAAGUCAGAUUUAAGUGAAAAAUUGAAAUCCUUAUCUUAUAACCAUGAGUUACCCCAGAGUGCAGAGACUUCUGAAGACCCAAGUUCUGAUUUAGAAAUAGGUACAGUUAAGUCUUCACAUGAAGUUGUUGGAGAUAAGGUGACUGUGGGCAGUGACUGGAAAGAUAAAUGGCUUGAUACAGAAAAUGAGCUGAACACGAUUAAGGCUGAGAAAGUUAGCAUUGAGCAGCAGGCCCUCUCCAUGAAAAUGGACUUAGAAGUAGCUCAAGCAGAGAAGCUACAGUUAGAAAAAGAUAAUGACAGUAAACAGAAAGUUAUUGUGUAUCUGAAAGAAGAACUCACCAUGGUCACUAGUGAGAGAAACCAGCUUCAUGGAGAAUUAGAAACUGUGCUGAAACAAAAGAAAGCAUUGGAUCAGACGUCUGAGAAGAUGAGAGAGAAAGUGCAAGAACUGGAGGUUCACCAUGCCGAGUGUCUCCAUCCCAUCCAGGUGGAGAAGGCCGAGCUCCAAGACAAAACUGGCUGUGUUCCAACGUCGUCCUCUGAUGAGAGUGAGUGGUUGAAAGAUAAAGCUCACCUCCAGGAGCAGCUGCAGAGUUCAGAAAGAGGCUUACAGGCACUGUCUUUGAUAAAGUGUGAGCUGGAACACCAAAUUGGGCUUUUAAAUAAAGAGAAAGAAUCACUGGUUAGGGAAUCUGAAAGCAUGCAGGCCAAACUGAGUGAGGUAGAGCAGGAAAAGUUGACUGCCUCCAAGGCCUUGGAGGUUGCUUUAAUGGAGAAAGGUGAGUUCGCAGUGAGGCUGAGCUCCACUCAAGAGGAAGUACAUCAGCUGAGAAGAGGCAUCGAGAAGCUGAGAGUCCGCAUUGAGGCGGAUGAAAGUAAGCACCUUCAUGUCACAGAGAAACUGAAAGAAAGUGAGCGCGAGAAUGAUUUGCUGAAGGAUCAAGUUGAGAACCUUGAAAGGGAAUUACAGAUGUCUGAAGAAAACCAGGAGCUGGUGAUUCUUGAUGCUGAGAAUUCCAAAGCAGAGGUAGAGAACCUAAAAGCACAAAUAGAAGAAACGUCUAGAAGCCUGAAAGCUUUAGAAUUGGAUCUUGUUUUAGUAAGGCGUGAUAAAGACAGUCUGACAGAACAAGUGCAGGUAAAACAAGGUGAAGUAUCAGAAUUAGGUAAUUUGCUCUCUUCAUUUAAAAGUCUGUUAGCAGAAAAGGAGCAAGCAGAAAUAGAAAUAAAAGAAGAGUGUAAAGCUAAAAUGGAGAUGCUACAGACACAAUUAAAAGAGCUCAGUGAGGAAGUAGCAGGCUUGUGUCACGACCAAGAGACUUGGGAGGAUCAAGCACAAGGCCUGGACUCGCCAAGGGAGGCAGUACAGCAGCUGAAAAGUUACGUGGGAAAGCUGAAAGUACAAAUAGAAGCUGGUGAAAAGAAACAACUUCAGGUCCUGGAACAACUGAAAGAAAGGGAGCUUCACGCAGGUUUGCUUAAGGGUCAAGUUGAGAACCUAGAGAAAGAACUAGAACUGUCGGCCAAAAAUCAAAAGCUUGUGCUUCUUGAGGUCAAGAACUCCAAAGCAGAGGCCGAGGCCCUAAAAGCCAAGGUAGAAGAGAUGGCCUCAGAGCUGAGAGAUGUGGAAUCAGAUCUUGUCCAUAUAAGGUCAGAAAAAGAAAGCUUGACCAAGGCAUUAGAGAAGGAGCAAGAGCGAGUAUCAGAAUUAGAAACACUCAACUCUUCAUUUGAAAAUGCAUUGCAAGCAAAGGAGCAAGAAAAAAUACAGCUUAAGGAAAAGUCUGAAAUUGCAUUGGAGAUGCUGCAGACGCAAUUCAAAGAGCUCAAUGAGAAAAUGGUGGCCUUGUGUCAUGACCGAGACACCUGGAAGGCCGAAGGACAGAAUCUGAGUAGCCAAGUAGACUCUCUAGAACUUGAGAAAGCUCGGUUGCUACAAGACCUUGAUGAGAGCAAAAAUAAUUACGUUAUUUUGCAGUCUUCUGUGAAUGGUCUCAUGCAAAAAGUGGAUGACAGCGAACAGACUCUGGGGAAGAAGGAGCAAGAAAUCGGGAAGCUAAGAGAUCAAGUUCAGGACCAGGAGCGGCUGGUCUCCAAGCUGGCCCAGGUGGAAAGACAGCAACAACUUUUGAUGGAGCAGAAAAUGGAAAUCGAGACUCUCACAGUGGAAUUGGAGCAGAAGAACCACAGGCUGCAAUGCGAAAGUGACACUCUGCAGGACUCCUUGCAAGCACAGCAGAACUCGAACAAAGAGCUGCAGAAGGAACUAGAAACGGCAAGGAUGGAAAAAACGUCCUUUGCUGAAAAAGUAAACACAAUGACCUUGAGGGAAGCUGAGCAGCAGAGGGAGAUUCAGGAGUUGGUCCAGAAAACGACAGAGCUGAAAGAAGGUUUCAAUGCAGAGAAGGAGAAACUAACGGAAGAAUUAAAAAUACUGUUGGAGGAAGCACAAAGCAACAAAGUGAACAAUCAGAAAUGUGUAAAUCAGCUGAAGAAGGAAAAUGAACAUGCCCAGGGGAAGAUAAAGUUGUUGCUCAAAUCCUGUAAGCAGCUGGAGGAGGAAAAGAAAAUGUUGCAGAAAGAGCUUUCUCAACUUGAAGCUACCCGGGAGAAGCACAAAUCAGGUACUAUUGUAAAUGUUAAUAAUGUGGAUGAAUUAAUGACUGAGAUGAAAGAACUGAAAGAAACUCUUGAGGAAAAAACCAAGGAGGCAGAUGAAUACUUGGAUAAAUACUGUUCUCUGCUUAUAACUCAUGAAAAGUUGGAGCAAGCCAAAGAGAUGCUGGAAACACAGGUUGCUCGUCUGACUUCACAACAACCUAAACCCAGUCUCCGAAGGUCUCCUUUGCUAAAUGCAGUUGUCCCGGGACCGUCUCCAGUCCCCUCUGUUGAUGAAAAGAAGUUAUCUGGCCAGAAGAAAGCUUCAGGCAAGAGGCAAAGGUCCAGUGGGAUCUGGGAACCUGGGGGAGGAUCAAUACCUUCCACCCCGGAGAUGUCUUCUAAGAAAAGUCGGAAAGUUGCAAAAAGGAUUCACCCUGUAGAGGACACAGAACACACUGAGUUUGAGCCUGAAGGACUUCCAGAAGUUGUUAAAAAAGGGUUUGCAGACAUCCCAACAGGAAAGACCAGCCCAUAUAUCCUGCGGAGAACAACCAUGGCUACCAGGACGAGCCCCCGCCUUGCUGUGCAAAAGCCUGCACUGUUCCCUGGAAGUGAAGGCAAAGAAAAUCUCACAGAGUCCUCUAAAUCGACAGCUGGUGGCAGCAGAUCACAAAAGGUCAAGGCUGCUCAACAGAGCCCAGCAGGUUCAAUUACCGCCUUCCCAGACCCCACCAAGAAACCUGCCUCUGUCCACAGUCUUCCCAGGAGAAGUUCUCCAGACAGCUCCAAGGAAUGCCCCCCGGCCAGGCGAGGCCAACCUAGCUGGAGCCCAGAAGCUGGAGCCAAAACCAAGAACAGUGACAACUGUCAGGUCCAGUAAGAAGCUCAUGGGUCAUGACCCUGGGAGGUGGCACCAGUUGAACUGGCAGGGUCUGUCCAUUAGAGAGC